AUGUCCGCCAUAAACCAACCCCCUGCGUCCGUGACUGGCACACUGACGCUAGAAGCCUCAGAUUCCUCUGUAUCUCUCACAUCGACUUUACAAGGCGAUCAUGCGCCAAAACUAGUUUAUCAUACUCAAGAACACAGUAAAUAUUUUCAGAAGCCCAGCGAGCUGGUUGUGGCAACGGAUGACUCUACAGAUGUUUUGAUCGUUGACUGGGACGGCCCAGAUGACCCACAAAAUCCUAAAAAUUGGAGCUUUAGACGCAAAUGGGUUACGACCGUAAUCGUUUCAUCGAUUACUUUCAUUAGUCCAAUUUCCUCCUCUAUGAUCGCGCCCGCUACUGGUCAGGUCGCUUCUACAUUCGGGAUAAGAAGCGACAUCGUACUUGCACUCACGACAUCUAUCUUUGUGCUUGCUUAUGCAAUGGGGCCUUUGGUUCUGGGUCCACUGAGCGAAAUUUAUGGCCGCUCACGCGUAUUGCAAUUGUCAAAUCUAUGGUAUCUUGCAUGGAAUCUUGGCUGUGGAUUCGCACAGACAGAGUACCAGCUUCUUGCAUUCCGAUUCCUCGCUGGCCUUGGAGGCAGCGCGCCCAUGUCGAUUGGCAGCGGCGUUAUAGGGGAUUGCUGGCGAGUAGAUGAACGAGGAAAAGCUCUUGCCAUUUACACUUUGGCUCCGUUAUUGGGCCCCGUCUUGGGACCUAUCACAGGCGCAUGGAUCGCUGAACGCUCGACCUGGAGAUGGGUUUUUUGGUCUACGUCCAUUGUGGAUGUAGCUAUUAUACUUCUUGCAUUCUUUGUACUUCAAGAGACUUAUGCGCCCUUCUUAUUGGAACAGAAAGCAGAGCGGAUUUGCAGGUCAAUGGACGCUGAAAAAGCCCCAUACAAAGACAUCCGCACUAUUUUCGAAGGUCAAGAUCGCUCCUGGCGGACAAUCAUGACUACAGCACUCAGUCGCCCAUUCCAGCUCUUUAUCCGCGAGCCGAUCAUGCAGAUUUUCGGCAUUUACAUGGCGUAUCUGUACGGGCUACUUUAUCUCUUUUUGACGACGAUACCGUCGAUCUUUCAGGGCGAAUACCAGCAGUCUGUUGGAAUAGCCGGCCUUCACUACAUUGCCCUUGGCGUAGGGUUGACUGGAGCAUCUCAACUAAAUGCGAAAACGAUGGACAAGAUCUACAUGUAUCUCAAGAAUAAACAUGGAGUUGGGAAGCCGGAGUUCAGAUUGCCUGCUAUGAUUCCAGGAUCUCUGCUACUUCCGAUAGGUUGCUUGAUCGUAGGGUGGACUACUCAAGCCCAUACUCAUUGGAUAGCUCCGGAUAUUGGUAUCGCACUUGUGGGAGCAGGCAUCAUUCUGAAUUUCCAGUGCAUCAUGGCCUAUGUCGUUGAUUGCUUCACGCUUCACGCCGCAUCUGCGGUCGCUGCUGUGGUCUGCCUGCGGUCACUAGCAGGCUUUGUAUUUCCCUUAUUUGCUCCAGCUAUGUACAGCACACUUGGGUUCGGAAAGGGUGAUACCGUCCUUGCAGUUGUGGCGAUCGUGAUAGGCUGUCCUGCGUACGUCCACUUUAUUCCUCUCAUCGCCCUCCCACUCUUACUAAUAGCUCCUGUAGACCUUGGAUAUUCUGGCAUUACGGGGAGCGGAUACGGAACAGCAGUCGAUAUGCGCGGCGUUGAAUCUCGAACUGUUCGCGAUCGCUGCAGGCAGCAAUGGUAUAUUUUCACUAUGUGUCCUGUUGCACGUAGCCGACAAACUCAGCAUACACUCUUACUAUUCCAACACGCUCCUCAGUUACACAGCACACUCCUUCUCGCAUUUCCUCAGUCUUCUAUCUUGGGCUGA